AGGACUCCAACUUGCUGAUACUGUACACAAAGAACAACAGAAGUGGGUAGAGAAAAUGUACUGUAAGGAAAAACGGUGUCGGUCCGUUAACUCCACGGGCGAGAGUUCCCUAUCUUUGUGUCGGGCAAGCAACACUGAAGCUCCACCCAGCGGCCCUCGCCUGGGCUGGGGAUUUAGGGGGUGCUUCUUUACCGACUCGGCGACCAUUCCAAAAGUGGGCUGCGGUGACCUUAACCACAAAAGCACUGGAAGCCUCGAGAUGUAUGUACCGUAUGUAUCAAGAUCGCUGAUCUCAAAGAGAGAUAUCACGAUUCGAAUGUCUCAGACCUCAUGCCUUCAGCCGUCUCAUUUCUACUUUUCACGGCCGUUCCACUUGUUGGGAUAGCUGUCUUCUGGUCGUCGUGGCUACAGGAUAUCACCAACUCGUUCAUCCCAACAUGGACGGCCUCGGAACUCCCCCAGGUCACCCUUUCCCAGGGUCUCGUGAUCGGCACGGUCUUGGACAACGAAUUCCCUGCUCCCAUCCAAGCUUUCAUGGGUUUGCCUUACGCCCAGCCCCCAACAGGUGAUAGACGAUUCCGACGUGCAUUUCCUCUUCCAGAAUCGAAUCUCACGUUCAGAGCCCAGAAAUAUGGCCCGAUAUGUCCAGGAAAACAAUUGCUUAGUGGGAAGGCAGGAGACAAUAGUGAAGAUUGCAUGACUGUCAAUAUUGUUAGACAGAAGCCAGUCGGAGAUGACAAAGUGCCAGUCGCAGUGUACAUCCAUGGCGGGGCCUUCAAUCGUGGAAGCUCUCUGAUGCACAACACUGCAUCUAUGGUAGCGUGGUCUGAAAGUCCGUUCAUUGGAGUAAGCUUCAACUACCGGAUCGGCGCACUUGGCUUCCUCCCGUCCAAACUUACUUUUGAAGAGGGCGUCGUAAACCUAGGGCUACAUGACCAAGUUUUCCUCCUGCAAUGGAUCCAAGACAACAUCGCGGCAUUUGGAGGAGACAAGAACGAUGUUACCAUCUUUGGACUGUCUGCAGGCGCUCACUCGAUCGGCCAUCACAUCCUCAAUUACCAGGAAGGAGUAAAGCCUCUCUUCCACAAGGCAAUUCUCGAGUCGGGCGCUCCAACGUCCCGGGCCGUCCACCCGUUCGAUGCUCCCGUUCACGAAGAGCAAUUUGCCCUCUUCGUCUCUGAAGCAGGUUGCUCCGAUGUACUUCCCGAGUCCAUCACAUCUUGUCUUCGCUCUCAACCAGAAGAUGUCGUUACCAAAGCUUCCACCACCGUGUUCGACAAGUACAAUCCUAGUCUACGCUGGGCAUUUCAACCGGUGAUAGACCACCACCUCAUUCACGGCCGUCCAAUCGAUAUCUGGGCAUCCAGAAAAUGGAAUAAAGUGCCAAUAAUGACUGGACACGCCACCAACGAGGGAACUUACUACGUCCCCUCUAACCUCUCUACCUCAGAAGGAUUCACAGACUUUUGGCACACGUUACUUCCGCAUUACACUCCAGAAGACUUAGCGACCAUCAACUCUCUAUACCCCGACCCAGCCAAAGAUCCCGAAUCGCCAUACGUCGAGCAGCGGGACAUGAAAGCAUUAUCCAUCGGACCACAAUACAAGCGCGUUGAAGCCUCCUAUGCUCAUUACGCCUACAUCUGCCCCGUCCGCCAAACAGCACACAUCGCUUCUGCCGCCCAAGAACCACCCAUCUUCGUCUUUCACUGGGCUUUGAACAAGACUGUCAAAGGGGGUGCGAAUCAUGGGGAUAACAUGUACUACGAAUCUUUCCCUGAGGAUGUCACGAGUAUUAGUGAGUCCCAAAGAGAGGUGAGCGGGAAAUACCAUGCGUAUGUUACGAGUUUUAUAACGGGUGGAGAUCCAAAUGCUAUUCAAGGGCGGUGGGGAGAUCGACCGAAGUGGGAGAGGUACGAGAGAGGGAGUGAGAAAGUCAUGACGUUCGGGAUGGGGAAUGAUGAGCGGGCUGGUGGGAAUGGUGUUGGUGUUGCGGCGGAGAUGAGGGGGAGCGAGUGGGUGAAGAAGGAGUGUGAGUUUUGGUGGAAGAAAAGUGUUGAUACUGAGGAAUGAGCUGCUGUCGCCAGCAGAAAAGCAAGCAUGAAGAAGGUCUUCGAUGUACCAUAGAUGUACAGUGUACUCCCCUGAUCAUAUGUUAGUUUCUUGCCACUCGAUUAUUCUACUUGAACUUGAAAAUGAGAGAACGUAUGC